AUGGAUAGUUUGCAGCUACAACAUGGGAACGAAGGCAGCAAAAGAAUAGUUGCAGUUGACGAAAGUCCACCACCCACCGAUCCCGGCAAACAUUUUGAUCAGAAACCUGGAUGGAGAAAAUUCUUCUCAUUCGUGGGGCCGGGAUUUCUUGUUUCAAUGGCAUAUCUUGACCCCGGAAACAUGGAAACUGAUAUGCAAGCUGGAGCAGACCAUCGAUACGAGCUACUUUGGGUGAUUCUAAUCGGAUUAGUUUUUGCUCUUAUAAUUCAAUCAUUGGCUGCAAAUCUUGGUGUAACCACUGGGAAACAUCUAGCAGAGGUCUGCAGGGCUGAGUACCCCAAGUAUGUGAUAUACUGCCUAUGGGUGCUGGCGGAAGUUGCAGUCAUUGCAGCUGACAUCCCUGAAGUGAUUGGGACAGCAUUUGCCCUUAAUAUAUUGUUCCAUAUCCCACUUUGGGCUGGAGUUCUUUGCACUGGCUCCAGCACUCUCUUGUUGCUUGGUUUGCAAAGAUAUGGGGUGAGGAAGCUUGAAUUGGUGGUCUCAAUACUAGUAUUUCUCAUGGCUGCAUGUUUUUUUGGAGAGAUGAGUUAUGUAAAGCCCCCAGCAAAAGAUGUGCUUAAAGGAAUAUUUGUUCCCAAGCUUAGUGGUCAUAGUGCCACUGGUGAUGCCAUCGCCUUAAUUGGUGCACUUGUUAUGCCGCAUAACCUCUUCCUUCAUUCGGGUCUUGUACUUUCUCGCAAGGUACCAAAUUCUGUGCGGGGAAUCAAUGAUGCAUGUCGAUUUUUCUUGAUUGAAAGUGGACUUGCAUUACUUGUGGCAUUUUUCAUCAAUGUGGCUAUCAUCUCCGUAACUGGAGCCGUUUGCUCCGCGACCAACCUUUCCCAGGAAACAAGUGAUAGUUGCAAUAAUAUUACACUCAAUUCUGCCUCUUUCCUUCUCAAGAAUGUUCUAGGAAAAUCGAGCUCUAUAUUGUAUGCAGUUGCUUUGCUAGCAUCAGGACAGAGCUCUGCAAUAACUGGCACAUAUGCUGGGCAGUUUGUUAUGCAGGGUUUCUUAGACCUGAAGAUGAAGAUAUGGCUUAGGAACAUCAUGACUAGGAGCAUUGCAAUUACUCCAAGUCUGAUUGUAUCAAUCAUUGGUGGAUCUUCUGGAGCAGGCCGACUUAUUAUAAUUGCUUCAAUGAUACUUUCAUUUGAACUACCCUUUUCUCUCAUGCCUCUCCUUAAAUUUAGUAGCAGUACCUCCAAAAUGGGGCCACACAAGAACUCUAUAUAUAUCAUUAUUGUUUCAUGGAUACUGGGACUAGGAAUCAUCGGCAUCAACAUCUACUACCUAAGCACAGGUUUCGUUGGAUGGUUAACUAACAACAGCUUACCAAGAGUUGGAAAUGUAUUUAUUGGAAUCCUAGUAUUUCCUUUGAUGGCAGCCUACAUCCUUGCUGUGAUCUAUCUUAUGUUUAGAAAAGAUCAUGCUGUCACAUUCAAAGAGCCAAUAACAUUUGAUCCAAAUGCUCAAGUUGAUAUGGAAAAUGGGAACCCUAAUCCACAUCAUGGAGAUUGUAUUCCACAUAGAGAAGAUUUAGCAGACAUUACUCUUCCUGAAUAA